UUAAUCAAACAAAUAAGCAUGUUAACCUUCAAUUGCUCUUUUUAAUAUAAUUUUUGUUAAGUUCAACUUUCUUUUAUAAACUUGCAUAAUAUCAUGCCAUACUUUUCAUUUUACUUGCUCAUUAGUGCUUCUAUUAUGCUCUUAUACUGUCUUCAAUUCUCUAGUGCUGGGACAAAUGAGACUGAUCGAAUGGCUUUGUUAGAUUUCAAAGCCAAGAUAAGUCAUGAUCCUUUCGAUGUGUUGAGCUCAUGGAAUGACACCCUCCACUUUUGUAAGUGGCAUGGGGUGACCUGUGGGCGUAAACAUCAGAGAGUAACGAUACUUGACCUGGGUUCGUCGAAACUCGUAGGUACCCUCUCUCCUUCUCUUGGAAAUUUAAGUUUUCUCAUGUCGAUGAUCCUUACUAAUAACAGUUUUGGUGGCACAAUUCCACCUGAAAUCGGUCGUUUGCACCGGUUGCGAACUAUUUCUCUCAAAAGUAAUUCCAUCGGAGGGAAAAUUCCAUCAAAUAUAUCAAAUUGUAAUAGCCUUAGUUAUUUAAACUUUUAUUUUAACAUGUUGGUGGGAGAAAUCCCACCUAUGCUUGGUUCCUUGUCAAAUUUGCAAAUUCUGUCUUUAGCAAAAAACAAGUUGACAGGCAAGAUUCCUUCAUCAUUAGGGAACUUAUCUUCCUUGUCUAUGCUCUCUGCAAAUUAUAACUUGGUUGGAAAUAUACCUAAUAGUCUAGGAAAGCUAAAGCAUUUGACCGAUCUAUAUUUUGCCGCCAAUAAUCUUUCUGGAGUAGUCCCACCCUCGAUCUUCAAUCUUUCUUUAUUGACAGAUUUAGAAUUAGGAAUGAAUGAGUUGGUUGGAAAUCUUCCUUCAAAUUUGGGUAAUAUUCUUCCCCAGAUUCAAUGGUUCUCUAUAUUCUCUAAUCGAUUCACCGGAGAAAUUCCAGCUUCAAUAUCCAAUUCCUCUAAUCUAGGAUCUCUACAAAUAAAUGACAACAAUCUUCACGGACAAGUUCCUUCUUUGCACAAGUUAGGGAGGCUUGUUUUUCUUGGACUUGCCCAAAACUCCCUUGGGUAUGGUCAAGUUGGAGAUUUGAAAUUUGUUUCUUCCGUGGCCAAUACCAGCAAUUUAGGAUGGUUAGAGAUAGGUGAAAACAACUUCAAAGGAAACUUUCCAAGAAUCAUCUGCAAUUUCUCUUCGCUUAUUUUGUUGGAAUUAGACUACAACAACAUAGACGGAGAAAUACCAAACUGUAUUGAAAAUCUUGCCAAUUUGCAAACUUUUUACGGACAAGCAAAUGCACUUUCGGGGGUAAUUCCUCAAGGCAUAGGGAAGCUCCAAAAUCUCAUGAUUUUACAUUUAGGAAAUAGCCAAUUAUCAGGGGUCAUUCCAUCCUCAAUUGGAAACUUAACCAUGUUGUCUCGAAUUAUCCUGAAUGAUAAUAGUCUGGAAGGUGAAAUACCACCAACUCUUGGAAAUUGUAAAUCACUAACCCAUAUAUAUCUUGCAAAUAACAAUCUUAGCGGCAGGAUACCCUCACAACUGUUUAAUCUUCGCACAUUGUCUGUCCUACUUGAUCUAUCUGGAAACCAACUCACUGGGAGCCUCCCUGAAGAAGUUGGACAACUCAAAAGUGUGAGCUUCAUUUAUUUAUCAAAUAACAUGCUAUCAGGUCAAUUACCCAAAUCUCUUGCUAGUUGUGUGUCUUUAGUUGAACUAUCUUUGGGGGGAAACUAUUUUCAAGGCUCUAUUCCUGAUACAUUGCAAGAUUUAAAAGGUCUUGCUUUGUUAAAUUUGUCAUACAAUAAUUUUUCUGGUAAAAUCCCAAAUUUUUUGACGAGCCUACAAUUAGAACACCUGGAUCUAUCACAUAAUAAUCUUGAAGGUGAAGUGCCCACAAUUGGAGUCUUUAGCAAUGCCACUGAAGUUUUCAUUACUGGGAACAAAAGGCUUUGUGGAGGCAUACAUGAGUUAAAGUUGCCGCAUUGUAGUUUUAGGCACAACACACAAGAUAAAAGAUUGAAACAUAGGAAGAAAUUGGCAAUUGCGAUUUUUUCUGGGUGUUUAGGAGUUUUUCUUACACUAGGAUUAGUUGUGCUCCUGUAUAUUUUGGCAUCGAAAAAAAAGACAACUGCACUAUCAACUUCUAGUGAUUUAGAAAAUAUUCCAAAUUUGUCUUACCAAACCCUUCUUAAAGCCACAAACGGGUUCUCCCCGGGGAAUUUGAUUGGAAGCGGAACAUUUGGGGCUGUAUACAAGGGAAUCCUUGAUGGUCAGGAUGAAUCACCUGUUGCGAUCAAGAUGUUCAACCUUGAGUAUCGUGGUGCUUCUAAGAGUUUUAUGGCCGAAUGUGGUGUGCUCCGAAGCAUCCGACACCGAAAUCUUCUAAAAGUGAUAACAGCUUGCUCAAGUGUCGACUAUCAAGGCAGAGAUUUCAAGGCUUUGGUUUAUGAGUAUAUGGAAAAUGGUAGUUUGGAAGAUUGGUUGCAUCCACCAGAUCAAAUAACCAAUAUAGAUGAAGCUAUUAAUAAUAGCUCAUCAAGGAAGUUGAAUAUUCGCCAAAGACUUGAUAUUGCAGUUGAUGUUGCAUUUGCCUUGGAUUAUCUUCAUCAUGAUAGCGGUGCCUCCAUAAUUCAUUGUGAUCUCAAGCCAAGCAAUGUUCUUCUUAAUAAUGAUAUGGUUGCACAUGUCGGUGACUUUGGGUUAGCCAAGAUUCUCCUUGAAGGAAUUGACAUCUCUCAUGCAAAUGAGUUCAGCUCUAUUGGAGUUAGAGGAACUAUCGGAUACGCUCCUCCAGAAUAUGGCUUAGGAAAUGAGGUAUCAACUUGCGGAGAUGUUUACAGUUUUGGAAUCCUUCUACUAGAAAUGUUCACAGGAAAGAGGCCUACCAAUGACAUGUUCAAAGAUGGCCAAAGUCUGCAUAGCUUUGUCAAAGAAGCUCUGCCUGCAUAUGUGACCGAGGUUAUAGUCUGGGCACUUAAAGUGUCUCCUUCAGCAAUUUAUAGACUGCUCAAGAAGGGGAAGCUCAGAAGCCAUACAAGUAGUAACCAUCCAAGUUUGACAGAGACUCACAAAUUGGAGAGGAUGAAGUGGAUACAAGGAGAUUUUAUUUAUUGCCAAGAGAAGAUGAUCCAUAUAGAUGUUGCCAAUCAAAGAGAUUCAAAAUUAAAGCAAUGUUUAUGGGAGAGGGUGGCAGCAAAAUACACUACCAAAAACAGAGAUAAGGGCACUAUUGAAACCAAGGCUGUUGAGAGGAUCACUCAGAAGGUCAUCCGAGACAUGAUUAUACAGAAUGUACUGCCAUCUAUAAUGAGUAAAUGGCCUGCUGGUCUGUCCAAGGAUAUAUUCAUCCAACAGGACAAUGCUAGGCCUCACAUACAAGGAAAUGAUGAGGCAUUCAAGGCAGCAGCAACUCAAAAUGGGUUCAACAUCAUGCUCGUUCAACAGUCACCUCAGUCCCCAGAUUUAAAUAUAUUUGAUCCUAGUGUUAUGAAAUACACAUGGUUACAAUUACAGUGGAUUAUGGUUGAGAUUCUACAGGUUAAAAUGAGUUACCAAAUGAAAGUGAAGAACUUGAGUACUUUGACAAUGAGGGGGUUAUUGAUGAAGACUAAAGUGAAUGCACAAUUUUUUUUUAUAAACUUGCAUAAUACCAUGCCAUACUUUUCAUUUAACUUGCUCAUUUGUGCUUCUAUUAUGCUAUUCUACUGUCUUCAAUUCUCUAGUGCUGGGACAAAUGAGACUGAUCGAAUGGCUUUGUUGGAUUUUAAAGCCAAGAUAAGUCAUGAUCCUUUAGAUAUGUUGAGCUCAUGGAAUGACACCCUCCACUUUUGUAAGUGGCAUGGGGUGACCUGUGGGCUUAAACAUCAGAGAGUAACGAGACUUCAUCUGAAUUCGUCGAAACUCGUAGGUACUCUCUCUCCUUCUCUUGGAAAUUUAAGUUUUCUCAUGUCGAUGCUCCUUUAUAAUAACAGCUUUGGUGGCACAAUUCCACCUGAAAUCGGUCGUUUGCACCGGUUGCGAAGUAUUUGGCUCAGUAAUAAUUCCAUCGGAGGGGAAAUUCCAUCAAAUAUAUCAAAUUGUAAUAGCCUUAAUGAUUUAAGACUUUCUGUUAACAUGUUGGUGGGAGAAAUCCCUCUUAUGCUUGGUUCCUUGUUAAAUUUGCAAUUUCUUGUUUUGGAUGAGAACAAGUUGACGGGCAUCACUCCAUCAUCGUUAGGGAACUUAUCUUCCCUCUCUCGCCUCGAUGCAACUUAUAACAACUUGGUUGGAAAUAUACCUAAUAGUCUAGGGAAGCUAAAGCAUUUGACCGGUCUAUAUUUAGGCGGCAAUAAACUUUAUGGAGUAGUCCCACCCUCGAUCUUUAACCUUUCUUUAUUGACAAAUUUAGAAUUAGGCAUGAAUGAGUUGGUUGGAAAUCUUCCUUCAAAUUUGGGUAAUACUCUUCCACAUAUUCAAUGGUUCUCUAUAUUCUCUAAUCGAUUCACCGGACAAAUUCCAGCUUCAAUAUCCAAUUCCUCUAAUCUAGAAAUUCUACAACUAGAUGAUAACAAUCUUCACGGACAAGUUCCUUCUUUGCACAAGUUAGGGAGGCUUGUUCAUCUUCUACUUCACAUAAAUUCCCUUGGGUAUGGUCAAGUUGGAGAUUUGAAAUUUGUUUCUUCCAUGGCCAAUACCAGCAAUUUACAAUGGUUAGAGAUAGGUGAAAAUAACUUCAAAGGAAUUUUUCCAAGAACCAUCUGUAAUUUCUCAUCGCUUACGUUGUUGUACUUUAGCAAAAUCAACGUAAGUGGAGAAAUACCAAACUGCAUUGAAAAUCUUGCCAAAUUGCAAGUUUUUCACGGAGGUGACAAUGCACUUUCAGGGUUCAUUCCUCAAGGCAUAGGAAAGCUCCAAAAUCUCAUGAUUUUAGAUUUAGGAAGAAACCAAUUAUCAGGGGUCAUUCCAUCCUCAAUUGGAAACUUAACCAUGUUGUCUCGAAUUUACCUGAAUGAUAAUAGUCUGGAAGGUGAAAUACCACCAACUCUUGAAAAUUGUAAAUCACUAACCCAUAUAUAUCUAGCAAAUAACAAUCUUAGCGGCAGGAUACCCUCACAACUGUUUAAUCUUCGCACAUUGUCUGUCCUACUUGAUCUAUCUGGAAACCAACUCACUGGGAGCCUCCCUGAAGAAGUUGGACAACUCAAAAGUGUGAGCUCCAUUUAUUUAUCAAAUAACAUGCUAUCAGGUCAAUUACCCAAAUCUCUUGCUAGUUGUGUGUCCUUAGUUGAACUAUCUUUGGGGGGAAACUAUUUUCAAGGCUCUAUUCCUGAUACAUUGCAAAAUUUAAAAGGUCUUGCUUUGUUAAAUUUGUCAUACAAUAAUUUUUCUGGUAAAAUUCCAAAUUUUUUGACGAGCCUACAGUUGGAAAGUCUAGAUCUAUCACAUAAUAAUCUUGAAGGUGAAGUGCCCACAAUUGGAGUCUUUAGCAAUGCCACUGAAGUUUUCAUUACGGGGAACAAAAGGCUUUGCGGAGGCAUACCCGAGUUAAAGUUGCCGCAUUGCAGUUUUAGGCACAACACACAAGAUAAAAGAUUGAAGCAUAGGAAGAAAUUGGCAAUUGCGAUUUUUUCUGGGUGUUUAGGAGUUUUUCUUACACUAGGAUUAGUUGUGCUCCUGUAUAUUUUGGCAUCAAAAAAAAAGACAACUGCACUAUCAACUUCUAGUGAUUUAGAAAAUAUUCCAAAUUUGUCUUACCAGACCCUUCUUAAAGCCACAAACGGGUUCUCUCCGGAAAAUCUGAUUGGUAGUGGGACAUUUGGGUCUGUAUACAAGGGAAUCCUUGAUGGUCAGGAUGAAUCACCUGUUGCGAUCAAGAUGUUCAACCUUGAGUAUCGUGGUGCUUCUAAGAGUUUUAUGGCCGAAUGUGGUGUGCUCCGAAGCAUCCGACACCGAAAUCUUCUAAAAGUGAUAACAGCUUGCUCAAGUGUUGACUAUCAAGGCAGAGAUUUCAAGGCUUUGGUUUAUGAGUAUAUGGAAAAUGGUAGUUUGGAAGAUUGGUUGCAUCCACCAGAGAUAACCGACAGGGAUGAAGCUAAUAAUAAUAGUUCAUCAAGGAACUUGAAUAUUCGCCAAAGACUUGAUAUUGCAGUUGAUGUUGCAUUUGCCUUGGAUUAUCUUCACCAUGAUAGUGGUGCCUCCAUAAUUCAUUGCGAUCUUAAGCCAAGCAAUGUUCUACUUGAUAAUGAAAUGGUUGCACAUGUCGGCGACUUUGGAUUAGCCAAGUUCCUCCCAAAAGAAAUGAGCAUACUUCAUGCAGAUAACUCUAGCUCUAUUGGAGUUAGAGGAACUAUAGGUUACGCUCCACCAGAAUAUGGUUUGGGAAAUGAGGUAUCAACUUGCGGCGAUGUCUACAGUUUUGGAAUCCUUUUACUAGAAAUGUUUACAGGAAAGAGACCUACCAAUAACAUGUUCAAACAGGGACAAAGCCUUCAUAGCUUUGUGAAAGAAGCUCUACCUGAAUAUGUUACCGAGGUUCUAGAUAAAGCCCUUCUUGAAGACAUGGACCAAGAGGAGACAGAUAGCAGUGCAAUGUCGGAGGCCUUGACUUCUGUACUUCGAAUAGCACUUUCAUGCUCAGUCGAGUUCCCGCGAGAAAGGUUGGACAUGAGUGAUGUGGUUACAAAGCUAUCAUCCAUUAAAAACCAGCUCCUCGGGACUCGACUGCAACAAAAGAGGAGAAUUCAAGGAGGGGUGCAAGUUUGAUUAUUGAUGUUGAUCUCCUAUAUGCGUUGCUUAAGUGAUCUUUUACUCUUCUUUCUCAAGCCUCGAAGUAUUCGAGAUUGAAACAUUACAGUUUGGGCAUAAACUAUAUAGAUUGUCAAGCUUUUUUCUGCAUGUUCUCAAACUGAAUGUAAUCGACUAAUUGUGUUGUCUUGCA